AUGGCUCGUUUGGGUUCAGCCCUCUCAGCCCCAGACCACUGCAGCUUUGGCCCGGCGCUUUUGCUGCGGGGCUCCGCGCGGACGGGUGUUCCGCUGCUUGUCUUCGGGGUUGCUUGCCUUGGGCCCCCCUUGCCCACUUUGGACUUUGUGACUCUGGGCCCUCAGCUGCCGCCCCAAGGCUCUGUCCGCUUGGAGCUUUCGCCGCCAACGUACGGCAUGGCGUGGUUGGGCCCACCACCCUCCGCCGUUGACAUGUGUCACACUGGCUUUCCCACGCCUUUGCGGAAGCACUACUGCUUGGGCUUGGCACCUUUCGCCUAUGGCCUGUCUUGGCCGGACCUGUCCUCGUCUAUAAUGGAUCAUGCACACUUGGGCUUGGCGCUGUCGCUACGCUGCUAUGGCUGCAUCGGCCCAACGUUGCCGGUUUUUGGCAUGAUGCGCCUAGGCCCCUCGCCCCCAAUACUGGACCACAUGCGGCUGUCCUCCUCGCCCUCGUUGCGGAGGUUUGCACAGCCAGACCUUUCGUUGCCCGCGUUCGGGGCGAGCAAGCUGGGUGAGUCUUUAUCAGCACUGGACCUCAUACACGUGGGACCCUUCCUGUUUUUGCAGAAGCCCAUGUGCCUGGGCUUCACCUUGUUCGCCUACGGCCUGUCCUGCCUGGGUCCUGCAUUGCUGAUGCCAGACAUCAUCCACUUGGGGUCCGCCAUGUCUCUCAAGGGCCUCGCACGGGUAGACUUCAGCCUGUUGGCCUAUGGCUUGCUGUGUAUGGACUUGUCCCCGCCUGCUGCAGAUCUCAUCACCUUCGGGCCCUCGCUUGUGCUGCGGAAGCUCUCGCGCACGGGCAGUCUUCUCUUGGUAUACGGCUUGGCGCGCACGGGCCUGUCAUGCUCGGUUCUGGACUUUGCGUGCCUUGGCAGCUCCUCAUUUUUCCGAACCCUUUCCAAGGCUGGCUCUGCCACGCCUACCUACGGCAUGAACUGCUUGGAGCUGCCGCUGUUGGUGCUAGACUACUUGCAGUUGGGAUUUCCGUUGCUUCCUCACAGCUCUGUGCAGUGUGACCCGUUGUCGCCACUUUAUGGCGUGGCUCGGCUCGGCUCCUUGCUGCCGGUGUUGGAGCAUGUGUGGACGGCUAGCUCCAUGUCCUUCAGAUCCUUCUCUCGACCUGGGCCGUCGAUGUUGGUCUAUGGCAUGGCGCGCUUGGGCUUCCCCCCUCCAGCCCCGGACCCUGUGACCUUGGGCUUUUCCACCUCCUCGAGGGCUCUCGCAAGGCCGGAGGCGCCUCCAUCUAUGCCGGGGCUCCUUGACAUAGCCUCUGGCAUGAAAGUCUUAGGCCCCAACGACUUUUGCAGCGCCUACUCAGUGCGGAGCUAUGCCCGGCUUGGCUCGCCCCUACUGCUCUAUGGCCUGACAUGCUCGGACUUGCCCUCGUCAGCCCUGGACCCUGGGAGCCUUGGCUUGGCCUCCUCUCUCAGGUCCCACUGUCAUUUGGGCUUGCCCUUGUCAGCCUUCGGGAUGGCGUGCCCUGAGCCUUUGCUUUCGGCCUCGGAUUUUGUGACUCUGGGCAGCUCCACGCCAGCCAGCGCGCUUGUCCGACUGGACGAUUCCUCGUCCCCCUACGACUUCGCCAACUUCCGCAGCGGCUUGUCUUUGCGGAGCUACACGCGUCCCGGUCUCGCCACGUCUGCAUAUGGCCUGGCGCGGCCUGGUUUGCCCUUUCCCGUGUUGGACUUUGUGCACAUGGGCUCCUUGUCGCCUCCCCGCAGCCUCGGCCGCCUGGAAGCCGCCGCUUCGGCCUUUGGCUGCGCCCGCUUGGGGCCAACGACUCCGGUGUCGGAUUUCGUGUCCCUGGGUGUGCCGCCGCCCACGCGAGGCCACCUGCGGCUUGGCCCCACGACCUUGGCCUAUGGCGUCAUGUGGCCUGGCUUUUCGCCGCCGGCCUCAGACCCUCUGAAGCCAGGCGUGUUGCCUCCCCUGCGCAACCCCGCACAUCUAGGCAGCCCGCUGCCCGCUUACGGCGUCGCGCGCUUGGGAGUGCCCUUGUUGGUCCUGGAUUCCGUGACCACCGGCCUUUCGCCUUUGUUGCAGGCACCUGCCUGA